AUGUCGCAGCUCGAAAUUUUUGCCAGGGCCCUCUCGCGCCUCUUUGGAUGGAUAUACACAUUUUGCUGGUCUGCUUCGUUUUAUCCGCAGCCCAUUGACAACUACCGCCGAAAAGCGACUACCGGAUUGGCCAUCGACUUCCCUACCGUCAAUGUUCUUGGGUUCGUCUGUUAUACCGUGUAUACAGGAGCAUUUUUAUACUCGCCUGUGAUUCGGCUUCAGUAUGCUGCUCGGCAUCCUGUAUCGCAAGAACCGACGGUGCGGUUCAACGAUUUCGCCUUUGCUCUGCACGCUGUUGUCCUGAGUGGCCUGGUCUACUCACAAUUCUGGCCGAGCAUAUGGGGUUUUAAGGUUUCGCGCUUCCAACGAGUCAGUAAGCCGAUUGCAGGACUAUUUUGGGGCUCCUUUGUUGCAGUUGCUGUGGUAACUUGCAUUGUCUUAGCCAAGAGCCCCGACGAAGGCUAUGAACCGUUAAGCUGGGCUUGGAUCGACGUGAUCUAUGCCCUUUCAUACGUGAAACUAGUGAUUACGGUUGUCAAGUACGUCCCGCAAGCAUGGGUCAACUACAAGCGUAAAUCCACACGUGGCUGGAGCAUUGCUCAGAUUUUACUGGAUUUCACAGGGGGCCUGCUUUCGCUAGUCCAACUGAUCAUCGACUCCGCCUUUCAGAACGACUGGAGUGGCAUCACGGGGAAUCCAAUUAAGUUCCUGCUGUCAAACGUCACAAUCUUCUUCGACUUGAUUUUCAUGGUGCAGCAUUAUAUCCUUUACAGAAAUGCCGAGAACGAAGACAAGCGUAAUAAUCCUGACGAGAACAGCCCUCUGUUGUCGGACCCGGACGAGCGCGGAGCAAAUGCUUUGGCUGCAUAG